AUGGCAACUCCAGUUAGCUCUCAGACAGAGAGUGUACUGCAUCGCUCCAGGGCAGGUUUCACAGAGAGCUCCCUGACCAUGCUGAAGCAGGAGGAAGGGCUGGUAGAUGUCCUCCAGAUGGAGGACGGAGGGAAACCAAGACUGGAUGGCUCAGAGCGGGGCCUGUCUGGACUCUACCUGUCCUGCUUUGACAUGCUCUUCACUGAGGAUGCUGCCUGGCUGGUGAAGGUGGCGGGGGCCUCGGCCAUGCCCAGCCAGCGGGUAGAGCCUGUGUGCCCAGAGCCAGAGCAGUGCCCGGUUAUCGACAGCCCUGGGCUGGGGACCGAGGCAGUGUCCCCGGGGCUGGAGGAGCAGGUGGAGGAGAGGUCCCUGGAACAGGUACAGACUCUGGUGGUGGGAGAGGUGUUGAAAGACAUUGAGACUGCCUGCAAACUGCUCAACAUCACCCCAGACCCCACGGAAUGGAAUUGUAGUAACGUUCAAAAAUGGUUGCUUUGGACGGAACAUCUGUACAGAUUACCUCAUGUGGGGAAAGCUUUCCAAGACCUAGACGGCAAAGACCUGUGUGCCAUGAACGAGGAAGAUUUCCGCUUGCGGUCACCCCAGUGCGGCGACACACUGUAUGCUCACCUGGAUAUAUGGAAGUCAGCUGCUUGGAUGAAAGAGAGGUGUUCUGUUGGGGACAACAGAAUAACAGAGGGGGAGGAGCUGUGGUCGGAGGCAGACUCCUCAUGCUCCGGUCAGCCCAUCCAUCUGUGGCAGUUCCUCAGAGAACUGCUUUUAAAGCCCCACAGCUACGGCCGCUGCAUCCGCUGGCUGAACAAGGAAAAAGGUAUCUUCAAAAUUGAGGAUUCGGCUCACGUUGCACGGCUGUGGGGUCUGAGGAAGAACAGGCCAGCUAUGAACUAUGACAAGCUGAGUCGCUCCAUCAGGCAGUACUACAAGAAAGGGAUCAUCCGCAAGCCAGACGUGUCUCAGAGACUGGUCUACCAGUUUGUCCAUCCCGUCUGA